GGAAGUGAGAAAUUCUGAUAACUUAAAGGCACUUCCUGAAUACGUAAUGAAAUAUGUUAACUCUUUUGUUAAAUUACAUUUUAUAUUAAUUUAAUAUUAAUUUCUUACAAAGCAAAUCUCAAAAUGAAACCUCCAACUUUGUACAUCGUUGCAAUCACAAUAUUGGUGACAAUGAUUGUCAACAUAAAGGCGUUCUCUCCGCCAGUUUGUGAUGAUUGUGAUCCUGAGAGUUGUCCCGAAACAUCCUGUGAAUGUGGCACUACCAAGGAUGGUUGCAACUGCUGUGAUUCCUGUAGUUUGUGUGAAGGUGAUUCUUGCAGAAUAUACGCUGGAGAUGUAUGUGCUAAUGGCUUACACUGCGGACACCCCCCUGGUACAGAUUUUGCUGACAGAUACAAUAACCCAGGAACAUGUGUUCCUAACGUUUCUUAAAAGGUUUUUUUAUUCAUUUAAAUACUUUAAAAGAUUAUCUGUUUAUCACCUGAAUAAAAGAAGUAAAUUUGGCAUGAUUUUCUGCUAUCAUAAUUUCUUAUUACAGAAAUUGUUAAUUAAAGGCUUUCUUCCCAAGA